CACACCCCCUACGAAUUACAAAUUGCGUGCGUGCGCCAAGCGAUGACUGGGUUGACGGCGACAAUGAUGAUACGACUUGCCUUCUAUAGGACGGGCCAGUACCCCUUUGGGCUGUAUCCCCGCAAAUCGUAUCGCUCUCUAGCAUUCGCAGACAAUGGCAAUGUCCAACCUCGGCGUACCGUCACUCGCACAGUGCCGCUACCUUGUGAGACCCUGAACUGGAAAGGUCACGAUCCGGAUCAGGAUUACGGAUCAAGAAUAACAGCUCGCCAGGAAAUAGACGACGCAUGUGCUGAUUGAUACAUGAUGAUGACAUGCUGGCCCUCCGUGACGCCAAUCAACAACAAUAAUCCGGUAAGCCCAGAAAAGAGGCGUGCCCCGCGCAAGGAGCGGAAUAGGAUCCAAGGGGAUGC